AUUUUUCCCUCAAUCAGAAAGUGUCGGUUCCGCUUACCAGACAGACAACUUAUUCAUUCUGAGUUUUGUUAUUCAAGUUCAAAAUGUUUAUAACUUUGUGCGUCCAAUGAUCGGUUAGACGAGUGAUAUUCAUGUCGGUAGAACUGAAAACCUUGACGGAAAUAGAAACGCGGAGGAGGAAAACUAAUAAUUCUCACUAAAAUAUUACAGUGAGUUACGGUAAACACGGUGUAAAUUUUGUUUGACCACAAAGCGAAGAACAGAAAAUGAACACUUAGAUAACUAUUUAUCGAUUUACUGGAUCAAUAAUACAGUCUGACUGUAUACUAUCGUGCAAUGUUUAGUGUACUUUUCAAACCUUUCUUCGGAAUGAAGCGAAUUGAAGCGGGAUUUGCUUUUCUACGUUUGCUAAGAAUGGAAAUUGCACGCGAUGCCUGAUGUUGAAGAAAAUUUGAAGGGAAUUCAAUAAAAAAAACUAAUCAAAUCUAAGGUGUCGCAAUUAAAUUCGAUCUCAUCUCUGAACACCUUAACCAUGAAAUACUUCUUCGAAGAGCACUUUUCGCCUAAUAGAGAAGUUCAGGAAUGAAAGUGCAUAAAAUCGAUCGGUCGCGUUGCAAAUGUGUCGUGGUAAUAAGUAGACUAAUAUGCUAUAAAUAGUUUCGAACAGUGACAUAAUUUGGGUACAUUUAAAACCAUGGGGUAUCCAUGGGGCAAUUGGAUAACAGUAGAAAGCUGCUAAAUAUCACAGAAUUGUUUCGAAUGCGACAACGUUCCACAGUAAAGAAAUGAAGCGAGCGAGGAUUGCGAUGCAUCAGCAGAAAACGGCGCUCAAUAAUAACACCUGAUUAAAGCAGAAAAACCAAACCCUACACCGCUUAUCGUUCAAAACAAAUUCGUGCAUUUUGUCGGCUCUAAAUCAGUUUGCAUGAGUCGGCGAACGCGGAAAUCGUUGAUAAUUGCAAUCAAUCUAGAGGCAAGGAUUUGAAGUGACGGGAUAGACGUCAAUCCCAAGAGGCAUUUCGAAGCACAGAAGAGCGGCAACUGUGAUACACCCAUGGCUCUCAGCAACUCACAGUUCCAAAAUAUUGAGGACGAUGACGACGACUUUCAAGAUGCAUGCGACACGGAAGGAGCUGCUCCUACAUGUUCUAUGGAUCUGGACGCGGCCUUGCGUGAAGCAAAACUGGGUGCUAAUUUGUUCUUCAAUAAUAAAUUUACCGAGGCGGAAGCCUUAAUGAAACCAUGGGCCAAGUCUAGCAUGUAUCACUCAGUGGGGUACUCGGUAUUUGCCUUCCUGGAAGCAAUGCUAACGUUUGAACAGCAACACAUUUCUGCGGCAUCCGAUGCACUGAAGCAAUGCCUGGGUGUCUGCAACCGGUACCGGAAGAAGAACACACUCACCGAAACGAUUGGCAAAACGUUCAAGAAAAUAAACUACGAUCAAUACACGGAUAUCGAGGCCCAUGCCGAGCUAUGUAUGGCGGAAGCGAUGCUGCUGAAAGCGAUGCUUACCUUCAUUGAGGAUGAAACGCUUGCAAGUCUAAUUAAGGGUGGAAUGAAAAUCAGAAACUGUUUUGCAAUGUACAAAGAAUGUAAUAACAUAUUAACACAACGAAACUGGAAAUCAGAGAGCUCUAGGGUUCAUUUUGAAAGUGGUGUUCGGAUGGGAUUGGGUACAUUCAAUCUUAUGAUCUCAUUGCUCCCGGGUAGGGUUAUCAAACUGCUAGAAUUUAUAGGAUUUUCAGGAAAUAAGCAAUCUGGAAUGCAAGAUUUGGUAGCGGGAUCUCAGAGCUUAGGGAUACGUCAAGUGCUCUGUGUAAUGACACUCUUAGGUUACAAUCUUAUUGUAUGUUACGUACUCAGUCAUAAGGAAGGUGAUCUGGUCUACUGUGAUGAGCUGCUUUCGAAGCAACUGAAAAUUUAUCCUGACGGUGUUUGGUUCCUAUUCUUUAAGGGCCGCCUGGAGUUUAUGAAAGGUAAUCUUGAUGAAGCACUAGCAUGGUACAAAAAAUCGUGGAAAUCACAAAACGUCUGGCCGCAGUUUCAUCAUUUGUGCUUCUGGGAGCUGCUGUGGGUGAACUGUUUGCGAUUGGAUUGGCGCGAGUCUCUUCUUUUCGCUACGUUUUUAGUUGAGCAUAGCAAGUGGUCACGUACUAUAUAUACAUAUCAAAAGGCAUCGAUAAUGUGCAUGAUAAACAGGACCGAUCUCACAUCAACUGAGCUACGAACGUUAGACGGCCUGAUGAAGGAGGUACCAAAGUAUAAGCAACGAAUCGCGGGCAAAUCACUUCCGAUGGAGAAGUUUGCCUGUAAAAAGACUGAACGGUUUUUCGCGCAGCAAUCAUUCCUUUAUGUUCCAGCCCUGGAACUGAUGUACGUAUGGAACUUAUUCAAAAUUCUCGGUAAACAUUUUCAACUUGCCGAUGGAGUUUAUCGAAUAGUAGAGGAAAAUUUAAACGAACUGGAGUUACGUCAGCAGAAGCGAAUUCACAGCUCGUUGACUCCGUUUGAUGUCGAUAAUAAGGCUCUGCUCUUGUUGCUGAAGGGAGUAUGCCUGCGACAAAUGGACAGUCCUCUACAAGCACUGAAAUGCUUGGAAACGGUUGUGGCAAUGUUCAAAGAUCUCAAGGAAGAUAUGUACUUGGUACCGUACGCCAUUGUGGAAAUUGCUCUUAUUUAUGUUGAUCAAGGAAAAAAGGAACAAGCUAUCCUUGCCUUAGAAGAUGCUAAGAAAAACUACAGUGGCUACUCUCUGGAAUCUCGUCUUCAUUUCCGCAUCCACACGGCACUGGUUGAACUGAAAGGAAAAAGCUACGAAAACAUUCCAGCUGGCAAUGACUAAUGAUAAAGUAAACCAGAGUCUAGUCUACAACUAAUUGUUAAAGAGCAUACAUAAGUUGAAAUUUUAUUUUCUGCUUGUUUGGUUUCUAUAAAGGUUUUAGAACACAGUUAUUUCAAAGAAUCGUGCAGUCUCUGAAUAAUUCGUGACAGGGACGCACUAAUCGUUUACACAUUUGCUCUCUGGACUAACACCCACAUCAUC